CUAAACUCAGCCACUAGAUGGCAUGAAGUCUACGGCAUGAACAGCAGCAGAUUGUCGUCUGUUUACACUUGUUGCAAUGGCGACCAUCACCGAGCUGAAGUGUGCCGUGAGGGAAACGCUGGAGUCCCGCGGCGUGCUGGGCCAGCUGAAAGCUCGUAUCCGCGCCGAGGUGUUCAGCGCCCUGGAUGACCAGCGUGAACCUCGCCCACCGCUGUCCCACGAAAACCUGCUCGUCAACGAGCUCAUCCGGGAGUACCUGGAGUUCAACAAGUACAGGUACACAGCGUCGGUGCUGACGGCAGAAGCAGGCCAGCCCGAAGUUCCCUUGGACAGACAGUUCCUGGCAAAUGAGCUGAAAGUCGCAGAGGAUGCAAGCUCCAAGUCUGUACCUCUUCUUUAUGGCUUAGUGUCCUACUUCCUGAACAGUAGUGAUAAUGGGGGGAAGACGUUCCUGCGGGCUGCCUCUCUGCCAACUGGUCCCACUGCCAGCAACACAGUAGCUGGACCUGAUGCCUAAAAUCUGAUAAGGCUCUGAGUACUGGCAUAGCAUGGACCAAAAAGAUGCUUUGACACGCCAAUACAUGACACGAUAUGUUGCAGCAUCUCAUUGGACUUCAGUGACAUAAAUUCCUUGUCCAUAGACUGUACUGUGUUUUCCCCUGAGUGCAUGCAUUAAAGCCCAGAGUACAUGAAUUCUGCUAAGGUGAAUAUGAAUAAAUAAAACAUUUGUGUUGCUUUUUUAAGUUGCCAAAUGACCCCAGAUGGCCUUUUUCAUGUUUUGAUUUCAAUAUCUGGCUUGGUCUAUUUUAGCACCAGUCAUGGUGGUACUGCUAGUAGUAAUCCAUAUUCCUCACACUCUCGGUAAUACAGACAGAAAGUUUAGAUUACAUUCCUUGAUGUCUUCUCUGUUUUAAUUUACACAUGUUUGAUGCUUUUGAUGUUGUCUUUUAAUUGUUAAAAAAUAAAUGUUUUAUAUUUAUACACUA